AUGUCUGAGGACCGAGCCGUCCGGCUCAGCUCCCAACAGAUCUUGUACACCAAAGCUGCUAUACUAUCUGCAGCACUAACUGGGUCCAUAUUAACGAGUUACGCCCUUUUCAAUAGGUACCUCAAACAGUACACCAGAGUAACACAAAUUCCAUUAAGCGCAUUUCGGAAAAACUGGUUAUACGGAAAGGUCACCUCUGUCGGAGAUGGUGACAACUUUCAUUUAUUUCAUACGCCGGGAGGUAUCCUGGGGGGCUGGGGAUGGGCCAGAAGUGCUCCUAAACUUGACAAAGUUAAUAAUAAGCGUAGCGAUUCGCUAAAGCGACUAUUCUUUCCGCGCUUCCUCAGAAGACAGAAAGAGCAAGAAAAGUUUCAAUCCUUGAAUGUUCCCUUCAAAGGCAGAAGGAAUCUGCCGACACUUUCAAUCCGCCUGUGUGGCGUCGACGCCCCCGAAAGAGCUCACUUUGGAAACGCAGCACAACCUUUCAGCGAGGAAGCUCUUAUAUGGCUUCGGCAUACUUUGAUCGGUAAAUUCGUGUGGAUCAAGCCUCUAUCAUUGGACCAGUACGGAAGGUGCGUCGCGAAGGUUAAGUUUUGGAGCUGGACUGGGUGGAAAAAUGUCAGCCUUGAAAUGGUUAAAAACGGUAUAGCGGUAGUCUACGAAGGGAAAACUGGAGCAGAAUUUGACGAUGAGAGAGACAUUUACAUCUUUCACGAGCAAGUUGCUAGGAAAGAACGAAGAGGCCUCUGGAGCUUGAAAAAAUUUGAGACGCCUGGUAACUAUAAAAAAAGGGUUGGUUAA